GAAAGUGGGCCGUUCCAGCGAAAUUCUCAGUUCAUUCAAGGUUUGCUACUUUCAGAGAAGCCUGACGGUGAUUGAAUCAAAGAGUGCCACUGUAUUUAAACUAACAUAUCUGCUAAUAUCUAAUAGGCUUCAACUUCCUUAAACUAGCCCGUGACGCAGAAAUAUGAACGCGGAAGAUAUUUCCAUGUGCACGCACGAAACGUGAAGGGACGCGAUGAACAGAGAGCGCCAACGGACGCGCAGCGCUUGCAGGAGAGCCGGUGCGCAAACGGAAGGCACCCAUGUCCUGCGCUCGCUCAGCGUCGAUAACACGGACGAUAAUGAAACAAUGGUGGACGAUAUGGACCAUCCGAAACACGGCAAUCUUGAACAGCGGCUUAUGGCACCGCGAUACAACUUGCUCCGUGAAGUCGGUAGGGGCAGUUAUGGCGUCGUUUACGAAGCCAUUGCCCGUAAAUCCGGAGCGAAAGUGGCGGUAAAGAAGCUGCGUUGCGACGCGCCUGAGAAUGUUGAACUGGCACUGGCGGAGUUUUGGGCUCUCACCAGUUUAGAGAAACGCCACGAGAAUGUCGUGCAACUGGAGGAGUGCGUGCUCCAGAGGAACGGGAUGGCCCAAAAAAUGAGCCAUGGCAAUAAGCGUUCAAAGCAGUAUUUGAGGUUGGUGGAGACCUCACUAAAAGGUGAGCGUGUAUUGUCGUGUCCUGACGAACCUUGCUACCUGUGGUUUGUUAUGGAGUUUUGCGAGGGAGGGGACCUGAAUCAGUUUAUCCUGUCCCGCCGGCCAGAUCCAAGCACCAACUCCAGCUUCAUGAUGCAGCUGAGCAGCGCCGUGGCAUUCCUGCAUCAGAACAACAUCGUCCACAGAGACCUCAAACCGGAUAACAUCCUAAUCUCGGAAAGUUCCGGUGCGCCUGUGUUGAAAGUGGCCGACUUCGGCCUUAGCAAAGUGUGCGCCGGUCUGGCCGCGGAAGUACGGGACUCGGAAGACAAAAAUAAGAACAGUGUUAACAUCAACAAAUUCUGGCUUUCGUCUGCAUGUGGUUCGGACUUCUACAUGGCACCGGAGGUCUGGGAAGGACACUACACAGCCAAAGCGGACAUUUUUGCUUUAGGGAUUAUCAUCUGGGCCAUGAUAGAAAGAAUUACUUUCAUUGACGCAGAGUCGAAGCGGGAGCUGCUCGGGACAUACGUGAGACAGGGUUCUGAUAUUGUUCCUGUUGGGGAGGCGCUACUGGAGAACCCAAAGAUGGUGUUAAGUAUUCCUCAGCGCAGGCGGUCGCAUAUGUCAGAGGCACUCCGGAAACUUUUACAGGACAUGCUAGCUGUCAAUCCUCAGGACCGACCGGACGCGUUGGAGCUGCACAGCCGGAUGGGGCAGGUCACCUGUGCAGCGUAAGCUCUAAGCUUGCACACAAACAGAGGCUUUCCCUGUCCACAACAAAACAGAAGGGACCCUGUCGCUUGGAAAAACUGUGAACCUUCCAAUCGCUGGUUUAAUGUGAAGAGUACAAAGUACUAAGCUUGAACACCAAAUUUUGCCCCAUAGAUUUUUCAACUGACCAUUGCUGUUUGUUUACAGGGGUGAUUUAUCACAAAAUGUCAUUUUUCAGCUCUAGCCCAGAAGCAUUUAGCUCGAUUCAAUCGUCAAAUACAUCACUUAAAGUGAAGAAAAGCAUUGUAAUACAGUUAUAACAAUCAAGCUAAAUCAAGCAAGCUGUUUCAUCCAACACUUUAAACAUUUCUCUAUGAGGAUUUCCUACUUACACAUAUUAUUAAAACAUCUUUUGGCAUAAGACAUGUUUGUUAUUCAGUAAAAUUACAGAAUUCAGUUCAGAAUUCAAUCUGUUAACAUUUACUUCCAUCAGUAAUAUUUGUUUUCUGAACCUUUAAAAGAAACAUACAUUUUGAGCUGAAUAUAUUUAUGCAUGAUUAUCAGGUUACAGACCAUUUUCAUGCAUUGUGUUAAGCUUAACUUGAUUAACAUGCUCAUGGGUCCAUUCAUUUGAUCUUACUUGAGUAAAAACAAAUCCACAAAACUUGAAUAUCUUUAGUCCCCUUUUGUUAUACCACCACAGUUGAAAUUGAUAGUUAAGCUUGGUUUUAUUUGGCUAAUAAAAUGCUCAUAAUUGUUAAAUUGCAGAAGCCCGAUAUUGAGAUUUCUAUAAAUGCAUAUUAAACGAUGUGCCUUGAUGUGUAAUUGUAUAAAUGAGAUUUAAACCCUUUUUUUCUGAUUUACAGCUUUAUCUUUUAAACAUGCACUACAUCGUAAGCUUUUUAAUAGUGGAGGACUUUAGAUUUAGUCUUCAAUUGAAAGCAGUUUAUCAUUGCCUGAGAUUAUUUCUUGGCCAAACUGGCCUUCACGAACAUGCAGUUUAAAAAAUCCCUUCAGAACACAGACAAACACUCUUAUAAAAAUAUGGUUAUGCCAUUUUUGGAAGUGCUAGAUUAGGAUAUGGUUUUUGUCAAGUAUGAUUAAAGGAACCAGUUAGAAGCGAGUGUUAUUUUUGCAUUUUUUUUUUAACUAAUACAUUUCCAAUAUAGAACAGUGUUUUUUUUUAUAUUCAUUUUAACAUGUUUUUUUUUUUGUUGUUGUUAACUUUAAACUUGAUGCUUAAAAUAAAGUUGGUGUCGUUCCUCAAAUAUAAGAUGGGAGCUCUACAGUGGUACAAUUUGCAGUUUUACAUUCAUGUGUAUUCUGACCUAAACUUCAUAGAGAAGAUUUUUGUGUGUUUAGUGGUGGGGUUUUGCCUGAAAGUUUUGUGUGUUUUAAUUCUACCUCAGCACUCUUGUGUUUUAGUAACUACUAAUUCACAAAAUUAACUAACCAUGCUUUUUGUUUGUUUCUUUUUUAAAGAGAGAAUUAGUUAAUGUUCUUCAGAUGUUUUUAUUUAUUGUAUAUUUUUUGUUUUAGAAUAAUAAAUUCACAGUUGCAAACUUUUUUCACUAGUAUUUUAAGUUUUUUUAUUUCCGCUGCUCUUUUAUUCUUGAUCACUGUCUGCUGUAGCAGAAACUUGAGGAGAAACUUCAUUCUUGGGUUUAAAAUGUUUUAAGUUGGAAUAUUCUGGAAUGCAUUCUUCUUCAUAUAGGGACAAUUUGUUGUAUUAUAUAAAGGCUCUACCCGUCUGUAUGACUCUUGCUCACCGUGUCUGUAUUUCUUGUAAUCCACAUCUGGUAUUUCUUUUCCUGAAAGGCAUUUUAAAUGAUUGUACCUUUUAUGAGGAUCAAAUACAGUGUAAUAUUUUAAGAACCAUGGUUUUAGCUCUGGUUCUUAAAACUAAGUUGGUGAAUGUUCAAGCAUUUGUCUUGUUUCAGUUUGAAUGUUUGGGAAAGCUUAAAUGGGUUUUUUGUCGCAGCAGUCAAAAGAACCAGUAUUAGACUGCACUUGCACUGAGUCUCUCUCGCUCAGUUCUCUUCUCUCUCUAAAAGUAAACGGAACAUAAUAGAAGCUCACAUCCUGUUUGAAUGCCUUUACCCGAUUUCCAUGUUUUUCUUUGUAUUUCUCGUGGCUUGACUGUAAAACAUGUCUAUGCAACCUCUGCUUCCUUGACUCUGUACAAUGCUGCUCUGAUAAAUUAGCCUCUACAGAUUUUCAAUGUUCUGUCUUUUGGCUCUUUUUUAUUUUAUUUUUUGUGGGGCACUGUGUGCUUCUGGUUUGUAAAAUUUGAAUUUUUUUUGAAAAGGACUUUUAUUUGUGUUAAGCACACUAGAACAUGUGGAGGCACACUGAAUUAGUGUCUCAUUCCCUUUUUUUGUGUCAACGCUCCUUGUGUUUAAUAAACCAUGUUUAUGUGUA